AAAUGACUACUAAAAGAGAAGAAAAAAACCAAUCUGACAUUCUUUCUUUUUACUCGAACUAAUUUUAUCUGAAACAAAAAAAAGUUUAGGACGAAAUUACCCUCCGUUUUGUUCUCAAAUACCGGAAGACUCCAACUUUGUCUUCCGAUUCCACUCAGUCAAAGAUCCUCUUCCAACGACUGAUGAUCAUCAACGAUUUUUCUCCCCUAACUCUAUGAUUUUUUCCCUUCACUUUCUUGCGUUUUCUCUUCUAUUUUCCAUUUUCAUGGAAAGCUAGCUAGAUAACUUUGUUGACCGCGAAGCAAUGGAUUUCGCCGAAGGCGUUGGGGAGAGCUCGUCGCCGCCGAGAAGCUUCGGGAGUUUCAGUAACUACGAUGUACGGAACGAUGUGUUUAAUCGCUUGGUAGUGAACGGCCAUGACGAAGCUGUGACCAAUCCUGAGUUUCGCGAACAGUUAGAUGCUCAUUUCAACCGCUUGCCCGCUAGUUAUGGACUUGAUGUUAACAUAGAUAGAGUGGAAGAUGUUUUGCUACAUCAAAAGCUUCUUGCAUUGGCUAAAGACCCAGAGAAGCGGCCUGUUUAUCAUAUUCGUUUUUUGGAGAAUAUUUCUAGAACAGAUGGUAAUGACAUUCAAGACUUUUCAAGUAUUCUUACAACACCAGGACCAUCAGUUGAUGGAGCUAAUGAAGUUCUGUCACAUAAGAGAACCAGAAACCACACAAGUGACUUUGAACCUUGCUCCAAGCUUGAGGACCUAAAUUUGGAUGUUGGAAAGAAGAAUUCUAAGGACAUGGAGGAACAAUGUGCAAAGACGAUGCUUUUCAGAAGGCAAGAUAAUUCUAAUACUCAUAUCCAUGAAGUCAUAUUCUCCACUGUUGACAGGCCUAAGCUUCUUAGCCAGCUCUCUACUUUACUUUCUAAUAUAGGACUCAACAUUCGUGAAGCACAUGUGUUCUCAACGACUGAUGGCUUCUCCUUGGAUGUAUUUGUGGUGGAUGGAUGGCUUGUUGAGGAUACAGAUGGUUUAUAUGAAGCUAUGGAAAAGGCAAUUUCCAAAAGCGAGGGAUCAUGGUCUAAAUCUUCGCAUUCUCAUUCGGCUACAGAGAAAUCGUUGGCAACGCCCUCCAAACUUGGAGAAUGGGAAAUAGAUAGAAGAUUACUGAAAAUAGGGGAGAGAAUUGCAUCUGGAUCUUGUGGAGACUUGUAUCGUGGAGUUUAUUUUGGUGAAGAUGUUGCAGUUAAGAUUCUUAGAUCUGAGCAUUUGAAUGGUGCUCAAGAAGAUGAGUUUGCCCAGGAAGUUGCAAUUCUAAGGGAGGUUCACCAUAGAAAUGUUGUUCGUUUUAUUGGUGCAUGCACAAAGUUUCCCAAUUUGUGCAUAGUGACAGAGUUUAUGCCUGGAGGAAGUCUAUACGACUAUUUGCACAAGAAUCAUAAUGUCCUGAAGCUCCCACAAUUGCUGAAGUUUGCAAUUGAUGUCUGCAGAGGAAUGGAGUACCUGCAUCAAAAUGACAUAAUCCAUCGGGAUCUGAAGACAGCUAAUUUGCUUAUGGACACUGACAAUGCCGUUAAGGUGGCAGAUUUUGGUGUUGCUCGAUUCCAGAGUCAAGGGGGAGUAAUGACAGCAGAAACUGGAACAUACAGAUGGAUGGCACCUGAGGUUAUAAACCAUCAACCAUAUGACCAGAAUGCUGAUGUAUUCAGUUUCUCGAUUGUACUCUGGGAGCUCGUGACGGCUAAGAUUCCAUAUGAAUCCAUGACUCCUUUACAAGCUGCGCUAGGAGUGAGACAGGGUUUGCGCCCGGAACUUCCUAGUAAUGCACACCCGAAACUGUUAGAACUAAUGCAGAGAUGUUGGGAUGGAACUCCAUGCGAUCGUCCUUCCUUCUCUGAUGUAAGAGCUGAGCUUGAAAAUCUCCUCAUAGAAGUUCAGGAAAAUUCAGAAGUAAAUGGCACUUAAAAACAACUACACAAAACACUCAAACCGGCUCAUUUUUAAGCAUAUUCAGAUGAGGAUUUGCUUUCCUUUUUUUUUGUUUUUGUCCCUUUGUUUCUCCACAUAAUUAUAGAGGUUAACUUAUAUAUGUAAAAGUAAAAAGUGAGGGAAGUGAAGUAAAAAUUAUAGAGGCUGUCCGACACGGGAAAUAUACGAGCAUAAUACUACUAAGUUAUCUCCUAAACUGUACCUUAAAGCAAUCUCCUGUCGAAUUCAUUGUAUAUUAUUGCUUAGCUUUCGAACACGAUAUGUAUAUUUCAUUACUAUCUAUAGUAUAUAUUUGAAAGUGGGCAUAGAUGCUGUUGUUGAUUGGA